AUGAAACCGCUGGCCGGCACGGCCAGGCUCGUGUCGGACACCUACCUCGCGAAACUCCUGGAAGGGCUCAGCAGCCUUCGCUCGCAGGGCACGCUGUGCGACGUGACGCUGGAGGCAGAGGGGGUUUGCUUUCCAGCCCACAAGAUCGUUUUAGCGUCAGCAAGCAAUUACUGCAAGAUCCUGUUUGUUGGAAACGUGACGAGAGCGGGGAGCCCGGAUGGUAACGUCCGGCUGAAGGCCGUCAGUGCUGCCGGGCUGAGGAACGUUCUCAACUUCAUUUACUCCAACAAACUAGACCUCUCAUUACAGAAUAUCGAGGAGACCUUCAAAGCUGCAGAAAUCCUCCUGGUUCGGGAGGUGAUCCAGCUGUGCUUCCGUUUUCUGGAGGGUUGCUUGAAUGGUGAGAACUGCAUGGAUGUUCUUAACAUUGCUAAAAAACUUGGCCCAGCAGAGCUGAGACAGAAAGCCAUGUGCUGUGUAGGGCAGCAUUACAAACAGAUCCUGGCUGAUCCUCAGUGCCUGAAAGACCUGGACCGAGAAACCCUUUGUGAGAUUUUAGACAGGACGGACACGGCGGGAUGCAGCGAGCUGGAGCUGUUCAGAGCCGCUGUGAGCUGGCUGCAGCACGACCGGACGCGGCUGAAAGACGCAGCGGAUGUUUUAAGGCGCGUAAGAUUCCCGCUCAUCCCUUUACGGGAGCUGCAGAGCUGUGUCCAGGAGAUGCCCCUCAUGAGGCUGGACUCCGGCUGCCGACGGUACCUGCAGGAGGCUCUGAAUUACCACUCCCAGCCGUACGCUCAGCCAGUCCUGCAGAGCCGGAGCACGAACCUCCGCUCCGGCUCCGCCGUGCUGCUGGUUGCCGGCGGCAGAGCCGCUGACAACUGCGUGUGCAGAGAGAUGUGGGCUGCAGACCAGAGCUGCAGCACCUGGCACAAGGUCGGGGAUCUCUGCGUGCCAGUGUACAACCACUGCGUCGCCGUCGUCGGUGGCUUCCUCUUUGUCAUCGGGGGACAGCGCAAAUUUGAUCCCACAGGAAAGCAGCCGUCAAAUGAGGUUUUCCGAUUUGAUCCCCGCAGCGCGUCCUGGCUCCAGGUCGCCAGCAUGCUGGAGAGACGGACACGCUUCCACGCAGACGUGCUGUCUGACUGCAUCUUCGCCGUGGGUGGUGGGACGCUGCUGGGGACCCUCACCCGCACCGUGGAACUGUACCAGCCCGCGGCCAACAAGUGGGAGUUUGGGGCUCCUUUCCCCACGCCGAUUGCUGAUCACGCAGGCACAACCCACAAGGGAAUUCUCUACAUUUCAGGGGGCUUCUCCGGGGGCAAAACCAUACGAGACACUUACAGCUACCUCCCUCGCCUCCGACGCUGGAUUGGCAACAGUGCCAUGGCUUUCACCCGCUGUGAGCACGGGAUGGCUACUGUCAGGGACAGGAUCUUUUGCAUUGGAGGAAGGACGCUAAAAGGAGCAGAGGAAUGGAUUCACGUCAACGAGACGGAGUAUUAUUGUCCUGUAAGCAAUCAGUGGACAACGCUAACACUGUCCUUCAACUGCUGCCAGUUCAGCAUCACAGCCCAUGAGUCCACGCUCUACGUUGCAGGAGGUGCGUCGCUGCAGCGCAUGCAGAAAGGCGACAGUGUUUUCCUGUACGACACAGAGGGGCAGGAAUGGCAGAAAGCGAGUCCCCUGCCUAAAGCCCUGGUGGAUCAUGCCUCUUGCAUGAUUAAACUGUCCCAAGCGAAUGCAGCUGGCGAGAUGGGGAGGGGUGCAAAGUGCUCCCCUGCGGGCAGGAGGAAAAAAUCUACCCUCAGCUUGGCCAUCACAAAGGAACAGGAGUCCCACUCUGCCUCAGAAAAGAAGUAG